AUGGAGAAGUUACAAGGAGGUUUUGGUGGUGAUGGGGAAGAAGAAGAAGGGUAUGAUGCGGUGGUUGUGGGGUCCGGCUACGGUGGUUCUGUGGUUGCUUGUAGGUUGUCCAUGGCAGCUGCAGGCAUAAGGGUUUGUCUACUUGAGAAAGGCCGCAGAUGGGAAUCUACAGAUUUCCCAACUGACAGCUUCAAGUUGUUGUCAUCUUUGAGGAUGGAGAGCCGGAACCUAGGCCUUAGCUUUGGAUCCAAGGAUGCACUAAUCCAGGUAUACGAGCAAAAUGAUUCUGUAGCAGUAGUGGGUUGUGGGCUUGGUGGAGGCUCACUGGUGAACGCAGGAGUUAUGAUGCCAACGCCAGUUCGGGCCAGACGACAUCCAAAAUGGCCAAACGACUGGGAGAAGAACUGGGAUCAUUGUGAGGCUUCUGCUGCAGCCAUGCUCAAAAUACAAAGUGUUCCUGUGAAGUUUUCUGUUGGGCAGGCCUUGGAAGACAUCGCCAUAAAAGAAGAGGUUGGAGAAACUUCUGAGACUUCUGUGAAGCUGACUGUGAACUUUGACUUUGAAGAUCAACGUCCAGGAAGCAAUGAAGCAUCGAAGGCUGGAUGCACUGUUAAAACUCAAUGCCAAGUGCAGUAUGUGAUUAGAAACACGUACGACAAUGAGGGCAAAAGUGGCAGUAGAUCAAAGAGAAGAUGGCGUGUUUAUUUGAAUGAGAUUGAUUACGUGACAUCCGAUUUUGUAAUCCUAUCAGGGGGAGUUUUUGGCACGACUGAGAUCCUGUUUCGGUCACAAAUGAGAGGGCUGAGAGUUUCAGAAGCUCUUGGCUCAGGGUUCAGCUGCAAUGGAAAUAAUGUUGCUUAUCUCACGGGAAGCUCGACGCCAUUGAAUGGCUAUGGACUAGAUAAGAAGGAACUCUUUAAGAUUCCAUUUCAAGCAAGGCCAGGACCCUCCAUCUCAACAUCUUACACUUCAUCAAUGGGUUUUACAAUCCAGAGUGCUAUACUUCCAACAGCUUAUCCGCACCUUCUAUUCAAAGGAAUUUUAUCCUAUGGAUGGCCUGGUGGAUAUUGGUUUUUUCAUGGGAUUUUAGACAAGAUAAAACUUGCAAUGGGUUUUAAAGCAACUCAAGCAGUGGCUCUUCUUGCAUUGGGACAUGAUGAGAGUGAUGGCAAGAUCAUGUUAGAGAAGGGCACCAACAAAAUCAGCUUUAUCCCACCUCGUGAUCCCCUUCUCCCACGAAAAAUCAAGGUCUUUCAAAAGCUCACUCAGAAACUAGGAGGAGUUCUCUUCAUGUCAAAAUACCGGAGCACAGCAGUCCAUCUUUUAGGUGGGUGCAAUGCAUCAUCAUCAGGUCCUUCACAUGGUGUUUGCAACCCCAAAGGGCAGGUUUUCGACCCUCUGGCCGCGGUCCAUCCAGGCCUCUACGUGUGUGAUGCUUCUUUGAUCCCAUGUUCCGUUGGCAUCAACCCAUCUUUUACUAUUGCCACUGCAGCUGAGCACAUAAGUAGGCACCUUGUGCAGGAUGUUUUGGAGUACAAGAUCAGGAGAGAAGGUACUAAUUAUCUUGGAGGUGUUCAAGAUCCAGAUUCCUUCACUGAGAAGACUAAGACUAAAGAUAAUGGCCGGAGAUCGGUUGUCACGUUUAAAGAAACCAUGAGAGGUCAUGUUGGGGGCAUGCCAUGCACAGCUUAUCUCAAAAUGAAGAUGAACCCUCAUGGUGAGGACCAGAAGGACUCUGAUAUUGAAUGGAACUUGGGUACUAAUAUUCAUGGGAAAUCUCAUCCCCUUCUAAGAGGGAAAGUUGGAGGGCAUGUAGAAUUUAGAGGCUUUGAGAAGGAUAAUUUACAUAUCAUAGACGGGGAUGUAAAUUUGUGUGAAGUGGAUUCCAGAACUCCGUACACACACUAUAUGCGUUAUCAUCUUCAUCUUGUGGCGUCUACCGGUUCAAGAUAUAUUCUAGAGGGGAGAAAGAUAAUGAAUCCUUAUCUCCUUGCAUCAUAUGCAUGGAGGGAAGCUACCACACUGCAUGUGACAUUUGAAAAAGUUGCCGACAAAAGCUCAAAGAAUGAUGAUCAUGACAAGGUGAUAUUAAAAGGGGAGCUUAGUAUUUCCAUGAUGGAGCUUCUUAAGAGCCUCGUGAGCUUUGAAGGAAACAAGAAAGGAAAGUUCUUAAGCCUCCUCUCAGGGACUCUCUUCAGAACCUAUUUCUUGCAGACACCUCGACGGAGCCAAGAGCACUUUAAUCUGUCAGAUUGUGAACACAAAUAUUCUUAUCCAAGCAGCACUCUUCACGACAUAAAAACAGAAGAUGGAGUGGUUAUCAGUUGCAGGCAAUGGAAGUGCCAGCAAAGUUUGUCAAAACUUAGAGGAUCAGAUGAACAACAAAACCCGAUUCUCCUUGUUAAUGGAUAUGCUGUUGAGAGUUACUGGCUGCCAACAGAGCCAAAUGACUUGGUCAGAACUUUGAUUGAAGAAGGGCAUGAAACAUGGCUGUUACAAUCAAGGCUGCAUGUUCUGAACCCUUCAAACAAUUUUACCCUUGAAGAUGUUGGAAGAUUUGAUAUCCCUGCUGCAAUUAAUAAGAUGCUUGAAUUGCUUGGGCCAAACAUAAAGGUGCAUGUAGUUGCACACUGUGUUGGAGGCUUAGCCAUACACAUAGCUCUCAUGGGAGGUCAUGUCUCUGCUAGCCAUAUAGCUUCUCUGUCUUGCACCAACUCUUCCAUGUUCUUCAAGCUUAAUGCUUUGUCCACUGUCAAAAUGCGACUUCCUCUGCUCCCAGUAUCAAUGUUCAUACUUGGAAAUAACAAGACGCUUCCUCUUGUGGAAACAUCAACAUCACCACCAGUGAGCUCACGUCAUAGGCUCCUGAAACUGAUAGCCCGCCUGAUACCGCGGUACGAGAGAUGCAGCUGCAGUGAAUGUGAGGUUGUCUCCGGCAUAUUUGGGAACGCAUUCUGGCACGAAAACAUAAGUCCAACAGUGCACCAGUGGUUGAACAAGGAAAGCUCAACAAGGCUUCCAAUGGCAGCAUUUCCCCACCUCAGAAAGAUCUGCAACUCCGGUUUUAUAGUCGACAGCAAUGGCAGCAACUCCUAUUUGAUCCACCCACAAAGAAUGGCUCUCCCAACACUUUAUAUAUCCGGUGGGCGGCCUCUCCUUGUGACACCUCAGACUUCUUUUCUUGCUCAUAAAUACAUGAAGCUGCACCAGCCAGGGUUUAGGCAUGAGAGGGUUGUUGUGGAGGGUUUUGGGCAUUCAGAUUUGUUGAUUGGAGAAGAGUCUUGCGAGAAGGUGUUUCCUCACAUUUUGUCUCAUAUAAGAUUGGCUGAUGGUGAUGAGCAGCAAGGAAGAAAUGUUCAUAUCAAUGUUGCUGAGGGGAAGAAGGUCUUGUCUGAUUCAGAAGCUGAUCAAUAUCAAUAUGAAGAAGGAUUUGGAGGAUUUGGAAGUACUUGGUUCUCUCCUUUUGUUGUUCUUCUGCUGGCUCUUUUGUUGGUUUCUCUGUUGGCUAGAUUUUUUUUAUAA